AAAAACAUUCCGGCUUUAGGACCCAGGAAGCGCGAUUUUGCUCUCCAGCUGCUGCGGACGGGGGAACGGACGAUGAGGGAGGAUCGCGGCGAGAAGCCCAAAAUUCACGCUGCCUUUCGAUCCCCUGCCAGAUCUCCGUGUCGAUCCGAAACGAGCGCUGCACACACACCGAUCCAGUUUCACGAUCCACUUUGUCAACACCUCCCGUUGAAAGGCGUAGGACAGACGGUCGGGCCGUUUAGGUAAAGUGAGAUCUGUGGCAUAAUUCUGCACCAUAUAAAGAGAAGAAUCUGGUAAAAGUGCACCUGUCGACUCACUCUGAGGAAUGCUGUGUUGAAAAAACGCCUAUGCAGGUGGAUCCCUCACCAAUGAAUGUGGGUGAUGGUGGCACACUGAGCAGAGGGAGCAGUGUCCCUACACAGCUUUUAGAGAGCAUGGUGGGGAAUCCACAGCAGACACUGCCUCCUGAACUCAGAGAUGUGCCUCACAGCCAGCAGAACAAUCUAAGGCCUUCCACAGACUGCAAAAUGCCCGGCGUCUGCUCAGAGGCCAGCAAAGCUAGCAAAACCAGCAAUUCAAACCAUUGUCCCGAAGUCCCUCCCUCUCAACCUCGCAACAAUGCUUCUGUGUUCAGCACUGAUUCUUUGAGCAUGUCAUUGCCUGAUAGGACAGACAUUUCCAAAGCCAAAGCUGACGGUGCUGGUGUCUGCCACCCUCACCACUGGGCCGGGGGUAAAAAGAUCGGAACAGAGGACUUGGUCAACAUGGUUCAAAGUGGCAUGACUUCAAAUAAGAAAAGUCCUCAUGGCACGGGACCCACCCAGCCUGUGAUUAGCCUUCCUACAGGAUUUCAGUGUUCCACUCUGUUUAAACCAGGCCAGCCUGUUGCAUUCUUGCCCACUGCUAACUUUCCCUCCCCGAUCUGUAAAAUUACGUUGCCUCCCGGAUUGGGGCAGAUUGCAGCUCUCAGAGAAGCCACUGCUAGUCAGUUUCAAAAGGACUGUCCAACGUCUAGUUCUGGCUUAGGUGUCACGCCAAGGCUUAAAUCGUAUCCUUAUCAGUUUUCUGUGGGUCAAGCCAUCACUCCUGAGAAGAAACCUCUGUCUUCAACAUCUAAAUGCAGAAGUGACUACGUGUCUAGCGUGAAAGGCUGCAAAGGAGAGCACAAAUCGGCGAUUUCCUCCGCAAACCCAGUGCAACAGGCCACACAAGCCUCAGCCCCACUGACUCAUUACACCAUCUCUCCCACCGCUGCCAUCUGCUGUGGCUCAGCGCUGGCCAACAUUACUCAGAGCAGGCUGCUUAGCCUCGUGGAGAAAUGUCCACCGUACCGCGGGGUCGAAAAGACCUCUGUGGCAUAUUUAAAUCCGAAGACUCCUUCCUCUCCAGAGGAACACAACGAUCUGUGUCCACCAGAGGCUCGAGAUCUGCCCCUUGACUUAUCUUCGAAAUCCAAACGCCAAAAAAGCAUCAAGGAUGCUCAAAAUAGUCCCACACCUGUGACUGAGCAUUGCCACGUCGAGCCUCAUCAAAAGAACGUCCAUGCCUCUAAAAGGUCUCAGAGCUCUACUUUUGGUUCUGCAGGUACAUACAAUCUACCAGACACUCAGCGUAAUGGCUCCGCUCCAACGUCCACCUCCAAACACAGCAAUCACACCGUGGAACCUAGUGCACCAUGGGUCAAAGGCUCCUCUCCAAAUUCCUUGACCAACCUCCAGGGAACUUACGUAGGUGUAGCGAGCCCCAUACUGGCAUCCACCUUGCGUAACAAAGAUGGAAAAGGUGCCUCUUUUGUCGAAGACCUUCAGACGUUUGCCAAGCAAGAGACCAUUUCGAUUAUUGAUCAGGGAGAGCAAUUGGUCUCCAAGGGCAAGAAGGCACCUCUUUCAGCUAAAGGUGCCCAGCAAAAUAAAGGACAUAAGCAUCUUGCUAGUAAUUCGUCCCCCGGAGCGAAAGAGCCUUCGUCGUCACCCGUGUUUGGUACUGCGAACUCGCAGUCUCCUCGGAAGUCUGGUGGAAAAGCGGGUAUUGCUUGUUCCCCUCCAGGUGUUAAAUCCUUAUGGAAACAACGACCAUGUCAUACCCAAACCCCGUCUAAGAUCAAAAGCAACCCGACUUGUGAAAGCCACAUGUUUAACAAAAUGAAAUCAGAACUAAAUCCUACUAAACAGGAGGAAGAAAACUGGGAGAAGACCAGUUCCCCCCUGUCCAAUCUUGAAUCGAUAGUGAAGCAGAAAGCCCUUGAAACGACUGCACUUACUGGUGAAAACUACUGUAAUCUUACUACUGCAGGAUCUAAAAAGCCUGAAGUAUCCACCCUCCUUAACAGGUGCCCGAACCCUUCACUGAAGCAAACACUGUCCCCGGGCGUUUUACCUUCCAGGACUGCGGAUCCUUGCGACGCCAAGCCAUGUCCAAACUCGCCAUCCAGAGAUACCACAAUAACGGUGAACAGGCCGGAACCUGACACCGUUAUCAUGCCUCGAGAAUUGUGCAAUGACAAACAUGCAAAGCAGCUCGAAAAACUGAUGGCCGACGGGGGUCAGAAGUCGGAGCCCAGAAGCCCUAAGAAAAGAUGUGCUUCCAGUAUUAAAACCAGCAAGAAGGAGAGGAAACUAGCCCGCAAGCUUGAAGAGGACACGAAAAGAGAGCCGGAGCUCAGUCCUAAUUCAAAACUGGAGGAAAUAUCCGUACCUCAGACCACGACUAAAACAGAGGUCGAAGGAGAGAAAAAAAUUAAUGGUGCCAAAGAAAAUAUUAUUACUGAGGGAAAGGUACCAGUCACCAAACAGAAGAAACCAAAAAAACCUAAUAAGGAGAAGACCUCUGAAACACUCAAACCAGCCGGAACACUACCGAAAAAGCCUCAGGAGAAAAAGAAUGCUACAAUAAGGCAAGGCUCUACCUCUAAAAAACAGAAACAUUUAUCACCUGCUGUACAGAAAAGUCCACUAAACGACAGCACACGGUCACCUCCUGAAGUUGGAGGGAAAAGUCGCAAAGGAAAGUCUAGUCCAGUAAAAGCUGUACAACCAGCUCACAACAAUACUGAUUGUCAAAAAAGCCCACUAAGAAGUUCACAGGUAGACACUGCAUUACCUAACAGAGCUGAUGGACCCAACAAGGAGUCAGACUUGGAGGAAGAGACUCCGCCGAGGCCAAAGCGAGGACGCCGGCGUACAGACGAGGCCUUGCUGCGAGACUGGAGCUUUGCUUCUCCGCCCACUCCUCCUCUUCCGGAUCCCCCUUCCUCACCCCCUCUACCGAGUCCAACUCCUCAGCCGCCUAAACGACCUCGGGGCAGGCCUCGUCUCAAUCCUUUGCCCGAAGCAGGGGAAGCAGACAAGGUUAGACUCGAUCAGGGGGUCGAAGGAGGAGAAAGAGCUUCUGCUAAGAAGAGGAAGCGCAGUAGUAAUCGCAAGUAUCAGAAUGGGGAGUACCUCAUAGAGAAGGACAAAGUGGAAAAUGGGGAACAGGAGAAGAUUAGGGUCAAAGAGGGUGAAGAAAAAGGUAUGUAUCCUCGCCUUAGUGCCACUUUGCAAUUUGAAGUCUCCAGUCCUGAUCCAAGCCCUAAGAGGUCUUUAAACACACGUCUGGGCACCGCACAGCUCCACGAAAGUCAAACAACCCCAGAAUGUGAUGAAAAACCAACAGGAAAGAGGAAGUUCAAAAGCAAGCACUUGUGUGACUCUGAGGAGCAGAAAAAGAUAAAGAUCAAGCGAGGCCUUGGAGGGAAACGUUCCUCAUCGUUAUUCACAGACGAAGACAGCCCUGUGGCCAAGAAACCCUCCCCUACUUUUAUGUCCCCAAAGGGCUCAUCUCCUACACCCAAAAAGAAAGGGCCAGGAAAGUGCGUGACCCCUGAAUCCACGCCGAGCCGUCCGGUACCUCCAGAGGUUCGCAGGUUGAUCGUGAACAAAAACGCCGGGGAGACGCUGUUGCAAAGAGCUGCCAGACUGGGUUACCAGGAAGUUGUGCUGUACUGUCUGGAAAAGGACGUGGGUGAGGUGAACCGCCAGGAUAACGCUGGCUAUACGGCGCUGCAUGAGGCGUGCGCUCGUGGCAUGACCCACAUUGUGGAGGUGCUGCUGAAGCAUGGGGCUGACGUUAACUGUAGCGCACAGGAUGGAACACGCCCCAUUCAUGACGCUGUGGCAGCUGAUAACCUGGCAGCGGUGUGGAUGCUGUUGAACCAUGGCGCGGAUCCAACACUGGCGACCUACUCCGGUCAGACUGCUGUUAAACUGGCACAAAGCCCCAGCAUGAAAACCUUCCUCGAAGAGUACUUUACUGAUCUAGAGGGACGCACUGAUCAGGAUCCGAGUCUCCAGUGGGAUUUUUACAGCAGCUCUGUGUUCGAGAAUGAUCAGGAAGCCUGUUGGGACUUUCUGCUGUCUCAACCUGAAAAGGAAGAUGAGGAGGUGCAGAUGGAACAGGGAAAAGAGAAAGAUUCGGACUGCUUUCUGUUUGAGUUCUCAUCGGAACCUCUGUUACCUUGCUACCAUGUACAAGUAUCUUUAACACAGGGUUUUUGCAACUGGUUUUUGCUGACGGACGUCCUGAAACGCUUGAAAGUCUCGGCCCGUAUCUUCCGUGCAAGGUACCCUCAGUUCGAAGUGGUGAGCGUCGCUAAGCCAGAGCUCUGGAGGCAGGUGAGCAUCAGCCAGACGUACGUGGCCCCCGAGGAGCUGAGACCCUCCGACGAUGAAGAGGAGGCCGAAGAGGCGGUAGAGCUGGUGCGCUGUGUACCUGAGCUGCAAGGACUGCUCGGUUCCUCCGUUCAGCUUCUGUGUGAGGACGACGAUAACGAUAAUAAUAACGAUGAUGAAGAGGAGGAGAGGUCAGAGGCCAAUGGCAGGCUCUGCUCCCGAUAGCGAUGCGGACCGAAGAGCCAACCGCAGGCCUUCGCUGUUACCAAAACCAGCACUUUGUAUGUUCAGUAUCAGCCAGAAAUGAUUCAUUAAAGACUUUUCCAGAAAUUGGAUUGGAUUGACUUGCCUUGGUAUCAGCCACAGGAGGACUGCUAGGAAAGACUCUGCUUACAAAAAGCAGCUUUAAUUUCUGAACCUGUAGGUAUUUUUCACUGUCCAGUACCACAAACGUUUUAUAUAUAUAUAAGCUUAAAACUAUAUGUAAAUAUAUAUAUGUAUAUCUUGACAUCAGGGUGAACUUGUUUGGUUGUAACUUAUCGAUAUGUUUUAAUGUUUGUUUGGUCCUGAACUUAUGUGAAUAAUUUUGUAAGGGUGUCUAAGACUAUUUUUUGUUCUGUUUUAUCUUGGUGAGCGUCCUAAAGAGGUGUAUGACCAGCUUAUCGUGACGGGAAAGACUCCAGGACAGAUAACAUGAACACUGGUCAUUCGUUUUCUCUCUCUCUCUGUCUUCCUUUAAAGCUCUCGCACUGUUUUUCUCUGUGGUCCCUAACCAGAGCACACGCUGCUCAGAAUUGUCCUUUUUUUUUUUUGUACCAGUACCUCGGAUUUGCAGCUCUGCUCUUAGCACAUUUAUCCUAGUUUGUGUUUUGCAGUGUAGCAAGAGAAGGAUUGCAUUCAAGAAUUAUUUUUUAAAUUAAUAUUCUCACCAAUAAAUGAAUCCUGUUCAUUUCAUCCGGAAAUGAGUAUGUUUACAAAACCCGAAGAGACUGAUGGGUAUUACCUGUGACCUGUGAUGAAGAAGGCAGACGGGAAAGCGAACCUGUGGAAUGCUGUUGUAUUUAGAGAUUUUUUUUUCUGAAAUCCUUCGUUCUGGAAGCUCACGCGAGACGUCCUCCCCUCAUUUGUUCAUUUCCCCCAGUGAUCGAAUUUUAGCGCGCAUUACGGUGCAUGGUGGGUUUUAUUUGCUUAGUUUGUUUGUGUUUAAUUUAAUAGUCAUUAAUAUAUUUGACGUUUGUGUAUCGAGACACACGUAUGACCAUUGCUUUGUAUGGUUGGUGCUUUAUUUGAAAUGUACAGUUAACGAUCCCUUUACCCUGAGGAUGUUGUGUUGUCCCUCACUCGAAACAGUAUUUUAACAAGCAAAAGUACAGUUUUAUUGUACUGGUGCUAAGGUAGAUUUUGUGUUGACAAUCAAUGACAUUUUUUGAACUGAAACCAAUAAAUACUAUUUAAACUGAUGAGAGAGAAAUGUAAAGAGAGAGUUUAGUUUCAUUACCUAUGGAAAUACACCGAGACGUAAGGAUAGUUCUUGAUUUUGGUUGAGGAUUAUUACUGUGUGAUCUGUGUUCAAAGAGGAUAACUUUAUUUAAUUCCUUUUCUUAAGAAAAAUCAACCAGAAUA